AUAGAUGGGGUGCAUCCAGGGUUCAAAGUAAAAUCAUGCUUCCUGGAGGAGGAGGAAUGGCCCCAAGGCCAGGCAUGCCAGGGACAGGUAUGCCUCCGAGCAUGCCUGGGAUGAUGCCAACAGCGCCCAUGGGCAUGCGCCCGAUGAUGCCUGGCAUGAUGCCUGGAAUGAUGCCAGGAAUGAUGAUGCCGGGGAUGAUGCCAGGAAUGAUGAUGCCUGGCAUGAUGAUGCCAGGCAUGAUGGCUGCGGCAGCUUCAAAACCAAAGCCCACAGAAGAGAAAAAGGUCCUUGACAAGAAGGAUUUUCUGAACUUGAAAUUUGGCGAGAGAGAACCUCCAAUAGACCCUGAUGUGAAGGCCUUUUUCGAAAAGCACAAGAUCAGCGACAAGUCCUUGUUAAAGCGCCUCAACGAGGAGAUUAUGAAGAAACGGGACACCAAGGAGAGUGUUCUGUCAAAGCUGGACGAGUUGUUAGAAGACAUGGGCGAUCCGCAGGGUUACUUGGAGAUGAAGGUGGAGGAGAUCGAAAACGGUGAAUUCAGAGGAAAGACCUUGGAGGUACCUGAGGUUGAAGCGCUGGCCAUGGAGUGGAAUCUGACGCAUGAAGCCAAGGGCAGGCUGAAUGAGAUGGUGUCGAAUAGAGGCACCAAGAAAGGUCAGGAUGUCGUGAGACUGGAAAAAAUCCUAGAGCACACCCAGAACAAGUCUGAAACAGCGGUAAACCUGGCACAGCAGAUUUUAGAUGGAAAGUUGGAGGACUUGCCGGACAUGGGUGAGGCCGAGGAUGUCAUGAAGAAAUUCAGAUUAGAUGAUGAAGCGAGACGAAAGCUCGUUCAGAUUGUCCUUCAGCGUGCAGAUGACAGCUCCCGCGUGCUGGGCAGAUUGGAGGUCUACUUGGAAUCCGCGCGGAAACCCUCAGAUGCCGUGCGAACCAUGUUCGGACGCCUAAUGGCUGGAGGGGAUGUUCCUGAAGAGCACAAGGACAAAGAUGAGAAGCCCAAGGAUGACGAUCGUGAUGGGUCCAGAGAUCGUCGCCGGGGGCGAGAGCGCGACCGUGACCGCGAUCGUGACCGUCGUUCCCGGUCUCGUUCACGACGACGCUCACGUUCACGAAGACGCUGAGCCAUGGGAAGCCGCGAACAAUGGCCAGCCGAUCUUAUGAUGUAGCUCUGGGAACACCUGCAGAAGGGCCAGCUUAGCAACUGGCUGAGUGCGGAAAGACCAGUAGCCCCCUGGCUGUUUUGUACAUGUAUCUCAGGUUUGCGUCGCGCACCAGCACGCACCAGCGUCCGUCCAACAUUGAAAA